AACCAUAGGCUGUAUAUACAAUGGAUAGGUGGAUAGGUAAAGUUGCUGUUGUGACCGGUGCCUCUGUUGGCAUUGGUGAGGCAAUCGUUAAAAAGUUGGUCAGUCAUGGAAUGAAAGUGGUUGGUUGUGCAAGAAAUGAGAAAAAACUGAAACAAAUUGCAUCGGAAAUCAACGGAAAGGGUCAAGGGGAGAUGUUCCCUUUCAAAUGUGAUGUCACAGAUGAAUCCAACAUUCUAGAAAUGUUUAAAUUUGUGGAGGAGAAGUUUGGUAAAAUUCAUGUCUUGGUUAACAAUGCUGGACUUGCUCAUGAGGCUCCAGUAACAUCAGGCAAAACUGAGGAAUGGAAGAGAAUGUUGGAUGUAAAUGUUCUCGGUUUAUCAAUUUGUGUGAGGGAAACAGUUCAGAUAAUGAAAAGCACUGGUGUUGAUGACGGACACAUAAUUAAUAUAUCAAGUGUUGCUGGACAUAAAGUGGGCGAUAAAACCAUGUAUGCCGGCACCAAAUUUGCUGUUCGUGCUCUCACUGAGGGUUUGAGAAAGGAAUUAAGAGAAGCAAAGACACAUAUAAAGUCCACAAGCGUGUCCCCUGGCUUUGUGGCUACAGAAUUUGCUUACAGAUUAUAUGAAGGGGAGCCUGAAAGGGCACAGAAGCUGUACAGUAAAAUUGUUUGUUUAAAAGCUGAAGAUGUUGCUGAAGCAGUGGCGUUUGCUUUGUCUACUCCUGCUCAUGUUGAUAUAAAUGAGAUUACAAUGCGGCCAGUGGAGCAAACAAAUUAAGGCCUACAGCUGCUUGAAUGCAUGCGGCUCAUUUAGCAUUGCUUAGGAAGGUGUUCAAUUUAUUCUAACAACUGCAAUAUGUUUAUGCUAUUUAAUUCCAUUGAUAGUUUUAAUUUUGAAAUAGAAAGUUACUGAUCUUGUUUAACUAACUUUAAAAUUUGUUUUAAUUAAGAAUAAAAGUAAAUGUAAUAAAAAGCAAACGAUUGAAUAUUAA